CCACAGAGAGGAGAGGUUGCAUCAACUCAGGGAGGGUAGAAUGAGGAUUACUCAGAGCAAGGAACCGAAUUCCCGGAAAAAAAGCCUCACUGGGAAGACAUCAUAUAAAUGCCUAGAAUGUGGGAAGAGCUUCCACUAUGCGAGUGACCUAACUUGCCAUAAUAGGACCCAUACAGGGGAAAAGCCAUAUCACUGUAUGGUGUGUGGAAAGAGAUUCAGGCAAAAAGGUAAUCUUAAGUCACAUGAGAGGAUCCACACGGGAGAAAAACCAUUUCAAUGCAUGGAGUGUGGAAAGAGCUUCAAUGCAAAAAUUAGCUAUAUCAUACAUAGCAGAAUCCACACGGGGGAGAAACCCUUUCAAUGCCUGCAGUGCGGAAAGAGCUUCAGUCAAAAAGCUCCUCUUAAGUCAGACGAGAGGAUCCACACGGGAGAAAAACCAUUUCAAUGCAUGGAGUGUGGAAAGAGCUUCUAUAGCUCUUCAAACCUGACUGCGCAUCACAGAAUCCACACAGGGGAGAAGCCCUUUCAAUGCCUACAGUGUGGAAAGAGCUUUGCCAGGUCUGGUGGCUUUCAUGCCCACAAACAGACCCACACAGGGGAGAAACCCUUUCAAUGCCUGGAGUGCAGAAAGAGCUUCAGUCAAAAAGGUCAUCUUAAGUCACACGAGAGGGUCCACACGGGAGAAAAACCAUUUCAAUGCAUGGAGUGUGGAAAGAGGUUCAGUGCAAAAAAUAGCUAUAUCGUACAUAGCAGAAUCCACACGGGGGAGAAACCCUUUCAGUGCCUGCAAUGUGGAAAGCGCUUUUCCCGUUCUGAUAGGUUUCGUGCCCACAAACGGACCCACACAGGGGAGAAACCGUAGAAAUGCCUGGAGUGUGGAAAGAGCUUCUGUACAUCCAACAUCUUAACUUCCCAUCAAGUAUGCACAGAGGAGGGAAACCAAAUCAAUGCACCAAGUGUGGGAAGUGCUUCAGUCAAAAAAGUCAUCUUAAUACCCAUAAAAUAAUCCACACAGGUGAAAAGCCCUAUAAGUGCACCAUGUGUGACAAAUGUUUCACCAAUUCAUGGGGCCUCACUUGCCACAAAAGUCUCCAUACUGGGGAGAAACCAUAUGAAUGCCGCAUGUGUGGAAAGAGCUUCAGUGCAA